AUGGCUAGUAAUGCCUCAUCCCGAGUUACACCGCGGCCCGGCGAGCUUCCAGACGCAAAUCGGGACGCUCUUAGGGCCUUUGGAGUUUUGAAAAAGGGCGGCGUCAUAAUCGCCCCAACCGAUGUCGAGUACGGCAUGAUGGCCGCAAGCACCGAUGCAAUCGAACGUAUCUUUAUCGCCAAAAGGCGUAAAGCAGGACAUUCCAUGGGCGUCAUCGGAACAUACGACCUUCUUACACGACUAUACGAUCUUCCAGAUGAGAAAUACACCAUCGUCCGAACAUUCACAGAAGAAUUAGGAUUGACGGUUGCUUUCGUUGGGAAAAUCAAAGAAUCAGCAUCAGAGCCCAUUCCGAAUGUUGAGCGGGUUGUCAAGAACGGUACUUUAGGUUUCGCCAUUGGCGAAGGCCCUUUCUCACGGGAACUGGCACGGCUAAACGAUGAAAAUGGCUUGGUGAUGGUAGGCAGCAGUGCCAAUUUGACGGAUCAAGGACAGAAGUUUCGAGUUGAGGACAUUGAGUCUGAGAUUAUGGAGGCAGCAGAUUUAGUUAUCAACUAUGGUCGGCAGAAGUGGCAUCUGUAUGGGAGGGCCGGGACUAUCCUGGACUUGGACAGUGAGCGAGUCUUAAGGAUUGGGGCAAACUAUGAGAAUAUAAGGGAGAAGCUGAUUGAUUUGUUUGGAUGGAGUGUUCCAGAAGAUCCGGACUAUGAUAUGACCGGGAAGCAGACCGUUGGCUUCUCAAUCAAGGGGAAUUCAGAUAGCUGA